CUUGUUUCUGUGUGCUGUUACAGAUGUUGUGCUGGUAGAAACAUGGAGAUACCAAAAUCCUCAGACAGAGCAGAGCUGGAAGAGACAACAGGCCUGGUGGAGGAUGGUGAUUUGCCUCAAGGUGCCGAAGGUGGAAAGGUGGAUCCUCGAACACCGAGGAAGAGCAGUUCCUCCCGCUCUUCCCGUAAGAGUUUCCGUCUGGACUACCGACUGGAGUGGCUGGGCCACGCUACAGUUCUGGUCGAAAUGGAGGGGGUCAACAUCCUGACUGACCCCAUUUUCAGCCAGAGAGCAUCAUUUCUUCAGUUCAUGGGACCCAAACGAUACAGAGGACCCCCCUGCACAGUGGAACAGCUGCCGAGGAUAGACGCCGUCCUCAUCAGCCACUCUCAUUACGAUCAUCUGGAUGCUGGAUCUGUUGCCAGCCUUAAUGCACGCUUUGGAGGGGAGCUACGCUGGUUCGUACCCCUGGGUUUGAUGGACUGGCUGGCCAAGAUGGGCUGUGAGAACGUGAUGGAGCUGGACUGGUGGGAGGAAAACUGCGUCCCGGGUCACGACAACGUCACGUUUGUCUGCACACCCUCUCAGCACUGGAGCAAACGGACAGCGUGGGAUGAUAACAGGUCUUUAUGGAGUAGCUGGUCUGUUUUGGGUCCCAACCAUCGAUUCUUCUUCGCCGGCGACACAGGCUACUGUCCGUCCUUCCAGGAGAUCGGACGCCGCUUUGGGCCAUUCGACCUCGCAGCAAUCCCAAUUGGAGCGUACCUGCCCAGGGAUGUGAUGAAGGGACAGCAUGUGGAUCCAGAAGAGGCUGUUCAGAUUCAUCAGGACCUUCAGGCCAAACAGUCUGUAGCCGUACACUGGGGGACCUUCGCUCUCGCCUAUGAGGUAGGAUGUUAGAAAAGAGUCAGCAGGAGUCACU